CGAAACAAACGGGACCACUGACUUCACAAAACACUCAGCCACUACUAUCAACUACAAUGUAACUCGCUGCAGCCUGGGUCGUCUGGGUUAAAAGGAGGCACUUAGCAAUGGACGGGGGGCUGACUAUAACUUUGAUUUCUGUGGCGAUGUUUUUGGGAUGUUUUAUUCUUGGAUUCAUCCCACUGUUGUUCACGCUUUCACAGAGGAGCCUAAAGUUUAUCUCGAUCCUGGGGGCAGGGCUGCUGUGUGGGACCGCUCUGGCAAUCACCAUCCCUGAGGGAGUGGAGCUGCUGGAGGACGCACUAAGUGGAGAAGACUCCUCCUCUGUUAAAGCAUCCUCAGACCUCAAUGAAACGCAGCACAACUCAACGUCCCCAGAAAUAGCCUCUUCAUCCAAGUUCAUCAUCGGUGUGGCUCUGACCUUCGGCUUCCUCUUGAUGUUCAUAGUGGAUCAGAUUGGAAGUUAUUUUUCCACACGAGGCAAAACAGCCUGUUUAUCAAACAGCACAGGGCUCACGGCGACUCUGGGGCUGACGAUACACGCUGCAGCGGAUGGAUUUGCUCUUGGUGCAGCAGUGGCCACAGCUAAAGUAACUGUACAAGUCAUCAUAUUUUUGGCAGUAAUUCUACACAAGGCUCCUGCAUCCUUUGGCCUGGUCUCUUAUCUGAUGCACACAGGCCUGGAGAAGAAGUACAUUCAGGGACAUUUACUUGCCUUUUCUGCUGCGGCUCCUAUUGUUGCCAUCGCCACUUACUUUAUUUUGCAUGCUUCUGGCGGUUCUUCUGUGAACCAAAACAGCACUACUGGCAUUGGGAUGUUAUUCUCAGGUGGUACUUUUCUUUAUGUGGCUACAGUUCAUGUCCUCCCAGAGAUCAGCAGCAGGGUGGGCGAAACAGACUCUCUCCAACCCCAUCCCGAAGGACAUCUGCACCAACAACACUACAUGGGACUCCUCGAAAGUCUCACCCUCAUUUUUGGACUUGGGCUUCCUGUUAUACUUGCUUUAGGUCUGGAUGACGACUGAGAAGAAAGACGUAAUGCCCCGAAAAGACUUAUUUCAAUGGGACCACCCUUUGUUAUUUUACCCACGUGUUCGAAAGAAAAGGUUGUUAUCCAAAGUUUAACGUUUCAGCUCGUGUCACUGAAACAAAAUGCUUUGAUUUGGUGCCAAAAUAUUUCUCACCGCAUGUAACAAAAGACAGCUCCCCAAGCGGUCACUAGCUGACGACACACUGAAGCUACCUGAUAAGUUAUGGGGGAAACACCAAAUAACCCGAUACACCCUGUUUUGCACUACACAAAGGAAACUAGGCCAGAGGUACCUACCAGCUUCCUAUUAGCAGGCGAACGAGGUUGAUUUGUUCCAUAUACUUGAAUAAUGGUUUAAAAUUACAGCUUUCCGUGCAAUAUAUGAAGCACAAGAAGCCUUAAGGCUGUAGAGAAGACAAAUGUUUUAUUUAAAAUUUUAAAC